AUGGACCUAAAAGCCGGUGGACUACUCGUGCCGCCAACUGUUAAGAAUUCAAGCUGUUCACAUCCACGCUAUAACAGUCACAAUUUCAUUAUUCACAUUGGCAUUGCGGAGACCAUCGAGGCGGUGCUCAUCCUUAUACUAACGCUGGGUGUGAUUGGUGCCAAUGCGCUGGUCAUAUUUGUAAUAAACAACCGUCGCUAUUCGCCGUACAUACAUCAGCAGCCACGAUAUCUCCUCACCUCUUUGGCUUUAAAUGACCUCACCAUUGGACUGCUUAUCACACCAUUUGGACUAUUGCCAGCGCUUUUCCAUUGUUGGCCAUACGGCGAGAUAUUUUGCCAAAUACAGGCUCUUCUGCGCGGUGCGCUGUCUCAACAAAGUGCUGUAAUAUUGGUCUGUAUGGCUGUGGAUCGAUAUAUGUGUGCGUUGCAUCCGCGAAAAUACUACCAGCAUUCCAGUAAAAAGGGUUGCGUUGCCGUGCUGAGCUUAACAUGGAUCAUCAGUCUGACGGUGUUUGGUUUUCUGGUGCUGCCAAAAGGCUAUUACUUCAACAAUACCGGCCUCAUGGCCUGUGAACCGUUCUACAGCAAGCCCUCAUAUCGUAUAUUAGCCACCUGCGCACUCUACUUCCCCACCACCAUGGUGCUAAUGUACUGCUACGGCUCGAGUUUUCAUAUGAGCCGUUUCCGGUUAAAUGAUCCAACAAUGCCACUAACAGCCGCGGCACAUCAUCCGCAUCUCGGACAUCCGCCGCACAUGUUACACCAAUCGAUGCAUGGCCAUCAUAUGCAUCAUGGUGGUAUUGGUGGUGGUGGUGUUGGCGGUGGUGUAAGUCAUCAUGGAGUACCGGCGGGGACCACAACGCUGCCAAAUACGCCAGUAAUGAAUCUCAGCAUGGCGAUGAGUAUGGGCCUAGGUAUGGGGGGCAUGAGUGGCAUGGGCGGUGUGGGCGGCAUGGGUGGCGGUAGCGGAGGUUUCGGUAGCGCUAGUGGUGGUGGUGGUGGUGUUGGUGGCAAUGGCAAUGGCGGUGGAGCAAGUGGAGGUGGUCCAACGAAUAAUGUCACAAAGAAGAUUGUGCCCAUACAGGAAAAGCAUUCAGCCGGCAACACUUCACGCUCCAUGGCUGCCAUUUCGUUAGGUUUCAUUGUUAUGGUCACACCUUGGACGAUACAGGAGAUUGUCACUGCCUGCACGGGCUCGAAGCUGCCCCCGUUUCUGGAUUUUCUGGUAACUUGGACCGCUUUAAGCAACAGUUUGUGGAAUCCUUUUAUGUACUGGCUUCUUAAUUCGGAUUUUCGACGUUUGAGCAGACAUUUGAUGCCGAAUAGGUGCUUUCCCACCGAGGACACGCCCGAACACAAAUCACCCUGUUGUCACAUCAAUUCUGAUUUCGAAAUAACAACGUUACCACUGCCGCCGGAACCGCCCACCGGGCGCCCACCAAAAGGCAGCAAUAGCGGCGAAGCAGCUGGCGAUAACAACGGCAGCGAAUGUGGCAAUAGCUCUAGUGGAGGCGGCGGCAGCAGCAGGGGAGGAGGCAGCGGUGGUGGCGGCGGCAUACGCGGCGGCUCAGUACUAGGUAUUUGUGCGCGAGCACGCACUAACAGUCUCAGUCGUAGCGCGUCACAGCAAGCGCGUAAAAAUCCAAAUAUCAGCUGCAGCAACAGCAGCCACGGUCAUCAUGGGCAUAGCCAUCAUGUCGGCGGCGGUGGUGGUGGUGGUGUCGGUGGUGGUGGCUUGAGUUUCACUAGCGUACGGCCCGACAUUGAGGGCCUCUCUGAAAAGUACUGGGGCGAAAUACUCGAACGGACUGUCAGCUCGGGCAGUUUGCAUGCGCUGACGAAAAGCUUUCCACACGCAGCGCCACAUCACUACUAUGCGCACCAUCAACCGCCACAUCAACAAGCGCUGCCGCCACACACAACGACAAUGACAACGUCGUUUAGCAAACACAGCGAACUGAAUCUCAACUUGGCGUUGGCCGAACAUGAACGCCAUGCGGCAGCAUUGCACGACGCCAGCAACGGGGCUGGCGGUGCACUCAACGCCUAUGAGCUAAGCAAAUUCUCCAGCUCAGAGCCAAAAUUGUGCGAGCAUAUCUACCAUGAUGCCAACUGUGCCAAAAAUAAAUCAGCCGCGCUAGCUGGCGGCCUAGGGGGAAUGGGAGGGGUUGAUGUCAAAAUGUCAACUGGCGCAGCAGCGGCGUCGGCGACCGGACGCAGCAUACCGGAUAUUUAG